AUGAAUACCGGCCAGUUGUCUCCUAUCAGCACCGAACUCGAGAUCCCGCCCGUAGGUGGCGCUUCAUCUGCCGUGCCGACCAUGAUUCAUUCCGCCACAUCAUCAUGUGCGGAAACCUGGAGUACCAGCUAUAGCGAGGACGCGGGGCCGGGUGGUGAAACCGAACAUGAUAUGUCAUGGGAGAGAAAUUCGGACGACGCAUUGACAAUUCCCAAGAUUGAGCCCCUCGAAGAUGAUGGCUUCCAGAUGGACGAAGUCAAGGAAGCUCCACACACCCCGACUACAGAUUCCAAUGCUGCGCCGGCUCCCCAGAUGAAAUUGAAGAGGCCGAGAGGCCGGCCUCGCAAGCACCCCCUCACGCCCCAGGUAGCAACAAAUAAAGUCGCCAAGGGUCGUUCCAAGACCGGAUGCAUCACAUGCCGUAAAAGGAAAAAGAAAUGCGACGAGGCAAAACCACGCUGUUUAAAUUGUGAGAAAAAUGCUGUCGUUUGUGAGGGAUAUCAUGAGAAGACCAUAUGGAAAAGCGGCAAAGAGAGACACGAAGAGAAUCAGAAGCGGCUCAGGUUGCCACAUAUUACUCUUCAGCCUAUAUUCGAAGGAGUAGAGACGCCCGAAGAUAUGGUCUUCUUAAAUCACUAUAUCAACCAUCUAAGUGGCGUACUUACGGUGGAAGGGCAGCACAAGAACGCGUUCAAGGAUAUGCUACUCCAGAUGGCGGUAGAGCACCGAGGUCUUAUGCACUCUAUCCUUUCCGUAGCCAGCAGACACAUCGAUUACGACACCCCAUAUGGCGUUAAAAUCCUGAAUUCAAACCCAAAGGUUAACAUGGCUUCGCUACUAAACAGAUCACAGUUUCACCACCAUGAGGCGAUGAGCAAACUUUGCGAACCGAUGGAUAAUGAGAGCGAUCCUAAAAAUAAGACAAACUUAUCUCCCCGGUAUGGUCAAAUGCUCUGCCUGCUCUUGCAAACCUUGGCGGAAGGUAAUCCAAAUGGCGAGCAUCGGGUUCAUCUUCAGGCAUACAAGAACCUCAUCCAACAGUCGCCACCGCCAGACAACGCUUUCUUGAUAUUUAUCACCGAAUUCUUCCAGUAUCGUGUCUUUGCAGACGAGUUGAUACGUCACCCUGAUAUUCACACACCCCGCCUAGCAACGGAGGAUUGGGAACCUUGGCUUGAAAUCCAGCCUGCACGUCUAAUUGGCAUCGCCGACGGCUUGUUUCAUUAUCUCGCGCGGAUAACAACUAUCCGCAACACUAUCAGAGCGAACAUCGCUGCCGAGGCGGACCCGGUCGUAGACUACACCUCACUAUACCGAGCUGCUGAGAUUGAUUCUGCCAUUCGAGAGUGGACACCUCAUUGGCCCCCGGGGGACAGUCGCGAUCGUGUCGGGCUCUUGUACAAGCAGAUGAUGUGGGUAUAUCUGUUUAGAACUAUCUACCCACCGUCAUCGACAACACCUACCUCCACGCUAUUCACACAGCCGACAACGACGACGACGACGACGACGAGUGUCGUUCCUUUAUCGCCGACUUCACAAUCUCACUCUACCCAUACCCCACCUUCGUCCGAGCGGCCGACAAGCAGCCACACGACACCGCCUCGUGCCGAAUCUCCAGCACCGAACCGAUACCCACCUCACCAUGACCGCCGCAUAACCCUUGCCGUCGACGAGUCGUUAGCGAUCCUAGACUCCUUCAAGCCGAGCGAUCCCGUGCAGACUCUGCUUCUAGUGCCGUGCCUCGUCAUCGGCUGCGCCUGCUUCGCCCCCGCACAACGGGACAGGGUACGGAUUGCAAUCCGAAUCGUCCGAGGGUACACCGGACUGCGCAACUGCGACCGCGUCGCCGAAGUCCUCGAAGAAGUCUGGCGGUUGAUGGAUCGCGGCGACUGGGCACGCGUGUGGGACUGGCAAGGCGUCGCGAGAAGCAUGGGCCUCGACUUCUCGUGCGCUUAA